AAUACUAUGUGAAGCAGGGACUACUCGGGUGACUCUAAAAAGUUUCCUCAUAGCUGCGGGUAGUUUGAGUUUUCGUGGUACUUCUCAACUGUUCCGUGCCAGCAACUCAAUCAUCCCAUAUUUAAUGCAGAAAGAUGGGUCAUCCAGGAAUAAAAGACUCCAAAGCCCAGUCAGAAGUCUUGUCUCAUCUGGAUUGGAAUGCCCAGCUUCAGCUGGAUUACAAAACAAGAAGUUAAAAAAGAAUCACAUCAUGGAUCAUAAGAAGGACUUGUUCAGUGCUGGUGUUUCUGCAAAUGCUCCAGUUUCCAAGAGUGGAAAUGAUUCCCAAGGUGAGGAGAUGCUUUCACCAGGUAUCAGCAGCACAGAAGGUUAGCAAUUAUUUUUCAUAUUUUAAAUGCAGCCAGUUAUAGAUGUAUAUCUUUCAGAAGGAAGUGUUACAAGUUACUGUAUAACAAUUUCUCUUGUGUGCAAUGAAUUGAAUUCAUAUCAUUUAGAAAAUUAAAUAGAAAAGCCGUUUUUUUUCUAAAAACCAGUUUUUGUGAUAUGACCCAGAAUGUGACGCUUAGCUUUUAACCUAGGUAUGUUGAUGCCUAGCAAUAACUCGCCAGGCCAACAUACAGGCAAUUAAAACAUCUAAUAAUUACUUAAGUAAUAUUAGGAGGACACGUCGCUACCUGGCAUUUAAUUGCAAUUGUCGAAACCCCUGCCCUUUGCCCCCCAUCGCACGCACUGCCACCUUCAUCUCU